CAGAGAUGCUGAUACAGUCACAGAUGCAGUGGAGUUUGUACUACUGAACUUUACUGAGAUGAAUAAACUCUGGGUCAGAAUGCAACAUCAGGUGUUGUAUUGCUUGUGAAUCAUUACCCUUUGAUGAUCCUGAGUUGAGCCUUGCUAUCGGACUUUCUGGUCUGCAGGGACCUGCUCGAGACAAGGAGAGACGGGAGAAAGAGAGGGGCGAGCUUCGUGACCUUGUUGGAAAGAACCUUCACGUGCUGAGUCAGUUAGAAGGUGUGGACCUUGAUAUGUACAGAGAUACAGUUCUUCCUAGAGUCUUAGAGCAGAUAGUGAACUGCAGAGAUGAGAUUGCCCAAUAUUACCUAAUAGACUGUAUCAUUCAAGUUUUUCCUGACGAGUAUCACUUACAGACUCUAGAUGUACUUCUUGGGGCUUGUCCACAACUGCAGCCAUCAGUUGACAUCAUGACAGUGCUUUCACGUUUAAUGGAGAGGCUGUCAAAUUAUGCUGCUUUAAAUGCUGAAGUAUUACCUUACUUCCUGCAAGUUGAAGCUUUCUCAAAGUUGAAUAAUGCAAUUGGAAAGGUGAUAGAAUCACAAGAAGACAUGCCUAUUUUGAGUGCAGUAACCCUAUAUUCCUCCCUUCUCAAGUUUACUCUUCAUGUUCACCCUGAUCGGCUUGAUUAUGCGGACCAAGUGUUGGGUUCAUGUGUUAAGCAACUGUCCGGAAAAGGAAAGAUUAACGACACUCGUGCAACAAAGGAGAUUGUCUCGCUUUUAAGUGCUCCCCUAGAGAAGUAUAAUGAUGUUGUCACCGCCCUUAAAUUAACAAACUAUCCCCUUGUAGUGGAGUACCUUGAUAACGAAACAAAGAGAAUAAUGGCUACUGUUAUAAUUCGAAGCAUUAUGAAAAACAAUACUCUUAUUACUACAGCAGAGAAGGUUGAAGCACUGCUUGAACUAAUUAAAGGUCUUAUCAACGAUUUGGAUGAGCCGCAAGGUCUUGAGGUUGAUGAAAAUGAUUUUGAGGAAGAGCAGAAUUCUGUCGCACGUCUCGUUCACAUGUUAUAUAAUGAUGACACGGAAGAGAUGUUUAAGAUAAUCAGUAUCCUGAAGAAGCAUUUCCUAACAGGAGGGCCAAAGCGCUUAAAGUUCACCAUUCCUCCCCUUGUUGUUUCUACUCUAAAGCUAAUCAGGCGAUUGCCAGUGGAAGGAGACAAUCCUUUUGGAAAAGAGGCUUCGGUUACUGCUACUAAAAUAUUCCAAUUUCUAAAUCAGAUUAUUGAAGCGCUACCUAAUGUUCCAUCACCUGACUUGGCAUUCCGGUUGUACUUGCAAUGUGCUGAGGCCGCGAAUAAGUGUGAUGAAGAACCUAUUGCAUACGAAUUUUUCACCCAGGCAUACAUCUUAUACGAAGAAGAAAUUUCAGACUCAAAGGCCCAGGUGACUGCGUUACAACUUAUUAUUGGAACUCUGCAAAGGAUGCACGUAUUUGGUGUUGAGAAUAGAGAUACUUUGACACACAAGGCUACGGGGUAUUCAGCGAAACUUCUAAAGAAACCUGACCAAUGUCGAGCUGUUUAUGCAUGUUCUCAUCUAUUCUGGCUUGAAGAUCAUGAAACCAUACAAGAUGGAGACAGGGUUCUGCUUUGUCUCAAACGAGCGCUUAAAAUUGCAAAUUCGGCUCAACAAAUUGCUAGUAGUGGUCAGGGUAGUGCAGGAUCUGUUACCCUCUUCAUCGAGAUACUAAACAAGUAUCUUUAUUUCUAUGAGAAAGGGAUUCCACAGAUAACAGUUGAAUCAGUGGAGAGCCUUAUCCAACUGAUCAAGAACGAAGAAUCAAUGCCGUCAGAUCCAUAUGCUGAAUCGUUGUUUGCAAGUACGCUUCAGUUCAUGGAGUUUCAAAAGCAGAAAGGCGGUGCCAUUGGUGACAGAUACGAGGAGAUCAAAGUAUAAAAUCUGAUUUGGUAAAAAAUGAAGUCACAUUUUGUUAAAAAAAGAAAAAGAAAAGAAGCUUUGGGUCGUUUGGGAAUUAAGAAGGGACUUGUGUUGUGUUGGUUGCUGCUCGAAAUGUAAACCUGGUUCGUCGGAUUUUAAAAGGUGGUUAGUGGAUUGUAACUUGCGGGUUUUUGCUGUGUCUAUACGAAUUCUUUUUUAUUGGUCACACUUGUUACUUGUUAGUACUCUGAGAUUAACAUUGGAUCUUAGGUGAGUGAGGUAUUUGUAUUCUAUUGACGCACAAAAAACAUUUUCUUGAA